GGCAAGGGGAACAACUACUUCAGGUUAACUAGCUAGCCAUUUCACAUUGGUUACACAAAAUGAUCUGCUUUUCAUAGAGAAGUAUUCUUAGCGUGGUCAUUAAUAUAUAAACAUAAUUGUUCCCCGCAUAGGUAUUUCAUUUGGAUCAAUAAGGACAUUUUGUAUAGAAACAAGUCUUUAUUUUUCAAGAACUGGUUCACUUAUCAUAUCCUGCUGUACGCUCUGCAGAAUGAAUAUCAGCAUGGGUGCCAAAAAUAAGAAGCGAGUGGUACUUCCAAGUCGACCAGAUCCGCCCACUGUGGAGCAAAUUCUUGAGGACAUCAACAGAGCCUUUUCGAAUGAUCCAGUCUUCAACGUCCUGGGAGAUGGCAACCAAGAUACCAAAAGGGGGUCCUCAGACAAUGAAGCAGAGACAAAGUACCUUCAGAGCCGCAGGUACUUGGAGAUGAACGAGCGGCUUCAGGAGGUUAGAGGUGAACUUGUGCAGCAGAGGGAGGAACUGUGGGUGGCCAAAGAGCAGUUGGAGAAGAGUGUGGCCGAGGUCAAAGGGAGAGCCCUCUGACCAGUCUUCCCUCACACCUCAGGGCUGGGGGAGCACAUUACCUCAGCUUAAACAGAUUCAUCAGGAAUUAACUUGGCUUCCUUGAGUCAUGCCACCUCAAUCUCGCAGAGGAGGGUCUCAUAGCAGAAAAUAGAAAUUGGACACAACAGAUUGUUGUUCCGACUCAUUGGAGUUUAAAUGUGUCUCAAUAAAUUGGUGUGACUUUUCACUAAAUGUUAAAGCAAAUUAGUUGUGUAUUGUCUACAUGUUCUGUAAUGACAAUUAAUAAAAAUAAUUAUUUGUGAACAAA